CAAUCAUCAAUAGGCUAGAGGUUGUCGUCGGAACAGCAAUGAAUAUUUCUUCCGUAGCUACUCAGCAGAUAGAAGAGCGUCCGUAAGACGUUAUUGGUCAUUUGGUGGAAUAAUUUCAAUUCAGCAUGUUUGUUUCGCCGUGCCUUUUAUUCUUAAACAUUUUUUCAUUUUGCCUGGCCAGCUCAAACAAUCCGAGAGUCUUGCUUGAUGAGAAAGAUGUCCCCAUCAAGAGGUACCCUUUGUCUGGUAAUAACAGACGUAUAGAACUUCUUCUGGGUCCUCAUAACAACAGUAUCUUUGUUGGGGGCCAUGGCAGACUUUGGUACAUUGACUUCAACAGACCUGAUUCAUCUAAGGAGGUUACAUUUCCUGUGUUGGAAAGGAAAACAAGUAAUUCAAAGCCAACAACCCCUUCCAACUAUGAGUAUGAUAUUACCACGCUACACAGUGCCAAUGCCAAAUUGCUGUUUGUGUGUGGAUCCAAUGGAAAAGAGCCGAAGUGUUGCUUCAUGUCUACAGAGAGGCUUGAGAUGCAUUGCUCUGGGGGCAUUAGAGCUCGAGGAAUCGCCCCGUUAAAUGCGACUGAGCGGGCACCCUCCCUCUAUCUUGAGGGUUAUGUGUACGCUGCUGUGAAUACAGACGUGAAGGACAAUUUGGUGGCACUGCGCAGGAUUGGGCCAAAGGCCGAUAUCUGGCCAGAUAUCGACAAGAAUGAACAGAGGUAUGUGAGCAUGGCGUUCAGUGGGCCCAGAGAGGAUCAGCUGCAGGACAGGGUCUACACUUUCCUGAUGCAGAAGAGUUUGGAAGCUAGCUCCUGGACCACGUGGGUCACCCAGGUCUGCAAGGCGGACUUGGGCGAGUCAAAGAUGUUCCUGCAGAAGGCCUGGACUUCCCAGUUGAGCGCCCGGCUGUUAUGUGGAAUCCAUGACAGGAUGCUUUUCUUCGACCAGCUAGUGGAUGUGACUGUCUCGCAGGAGGCCAAUUGGGAGGAGAGGAGGGUGUAUGGACUCUUUAAGAACAGCUGGGAUAUGACAGCAGUGUGUGUAUAUACAAUGGCCGACAUUGAUAACGUCUUCAAAUCUUCUGACGUCAAAGGGGAGUGUGUUGAGGACAGUACAAAACUGGGGUCUGAUGUCUUGAGGAAAAUAAAGGACAACCCAAACGUGAAGAAUUCGGUGUUGCCUGUGAAAGGCGGUGGCCCCCUCAUGGUCAGUCACUAUGACUACCGGCAUAUCCGAGUGGACAGAGUGCAAGGCGGUGGUCAUGGCCGGAUAUAUUACAACGUACUCUUUCUCUCUCUGGAGAGUGGCAGUGUGCACAAGGUUCUGGAGCAUGCCGGAGAGCCCUUCAUCAUCGCUGAGCUGCAUCCAUUUUCGAGCAGGCACUACAUCCAGAACAUGCUGCUGCAGCCCUUCACAAAGAGACUGUAUGUGAGUUCCAGCAGUGAGGUGGUGGAGGUGGAUCUGAAUGGGUGCCAGAGGUACGGCGGGCAGUGCGAGGAUUGUGUCCUGGCCAGAGACCCCUACUGCAGCUGGAAUGGCACUCACUGCGCAGCAACUGCCGAGUCCAGAAAUCCAAUUCAGGAUGUGGUGCAUGGAAAUGUUUCUGUGUGCAGACAAGGCAAAGAUAUUCCCGAAAUGCCCUCGGAAAGUGACGCUGAUUGUCCCACGCUGAUUGUCCCAUCGGUGUGUUACAAUCAGCUUCAGUGCUUCCUGAGAUGCCCCAUGUUCUCCAGCCACGCCCAGUACCACUGGCUCCACAACAACGUGUCGAGGGAGUGCCAGGUGGCGGAGGGCUCCUGCCUGCUGCUCAUCGACCGCAUGAUGCCCGAUCUGGGCGGCUGCUACGAGUGCGUGUCCGUGGAGCGGGGCUACAGGAAGACGCUCGCCCGUCACCAGCUGUGGACGGAGAGCAGGGCCCCAGGCUCCACCCCAUAUCUCCUGGCCCUGGUGUGCCUCCUGCCGUGCCUCCUGCUGUUACUGGUGCUGGUCUGGUGGGCGCGAUCCCUGUUCUUCUUCCGCUGCGGCAUAUCCCAGGCUCCAGUCAGCAUCACUGAGGAACCUGCACAUCUUCCAGUCCCAGUGCAGUCAGCACGGGUUAGCAGUCCGGAACUUUGAAUGUAAACUUUGAGUCAAAGUUUGAAUGUAAUCCAGUCCAUAGCAAAAGCUUGAUUUGAAAAUUAGUUUAUUCAGUCUAACACACUCACAAGCACACACACACACACACACACACACACCUGUAAAACAUUCAGUCUAUACAAUAUAAUUCCGUUUUUGGAGAUCAGUGAUAAAAGUUGCCAUUGUAUUUUAGUUUA